AUAUAACAAGGGUGAGCCCUCGUCCUUGCACACUUUCCUUUGUGUUUAUUCCAAGUCUUGCUUGACCUCGGUGAUGUUUACCAGGAAAAGCUCUGUGUUUCGUCAAGCUCAGAAAGAAAGACUCAACCCUCUGAAACCUCCACUAGCUCCAACAAUAUUCGCAAUAUUCAUCCGGAGCUCAGAUCUGUUCCUCUCCGUGUGAGCCGUCCCGGUCCUCGAGGAGAUCUGUGCUGUGCAUGCUGAGGGAAAUGGUCAACGCUUGGUUUGCUGAGCGUGUCCACUCCAUCCAGCCGGCCAGGGAAGCACCAAAAGCCCCGCAGGAAUCUUUAACGGGCCACCAUCCAGCCGAUGCCCCGAGUCCGGCUCCCUCCACGCCGACACGGAAGAUCUCAGCGUCCGAGUUCGACAGGCCGCUUCGCCCCAUUGUCGUGAAAGACGCCGAGGGUUCGCUCACUUUCCUAAGCGACGCAGAACGGGUCCAGAUGCCUCUUCCUCCUUCCCAGCGCGCAGAUGUGGGCGGAGGGAUUAUGCAUUCUGGAGAUCCCCAAAAUGGCGAUCGGUGUGCUCGUUUGUUGGACCUUGUACGCGACGUUUCCAGUCACUUGGAUCUUACCGCCCUCUGCCACAAGAUCUUCUUACACACUCACGAGCUGAUCGCUGCAGACCGCUACUCGCUCUUCUUGGUUGGAGAGGACAGUUCGAACAGGAAGUUCCUGGUGAGCCGGCUCUUUGAUGUCGCGGAAGGGUCCACUCUCGAAGAGGCUUCAAACAGCGGCAUUCGCCUUGAAUGGAACAAAGGAAUUGUGGGAUAUGUGGCGGCCACCGGACAGCCUCUGAACAUCAAGAACGCAUAUGAGGAUCCACGCUUCAAUGCAGAAGUCGACCAAAUUACAGGAUAUAAGACGCAGAGCAUCUUGUGUUUGCCCAUCAAAAACCACCGAGACGAGGUUGUUGGUGUCGCUCAAGCGAUCAAUAAGCGGUGUGGAGAGAACAGCAGCUUCACCGAGCAGGACGAGAGGGACUUUUCUUCGUACCUGUCUUUCUCUGGGAUAGUGCUACACAACGCACAACUCUACGAGACAUCGCAGCUGGAGAACAGGAGGAACCAGGUGUUGCUGGAUCUGGCGAGUCUGAUCUUCGAGGAGCAACAGUCAUUGGAGGUUUUACUGAGGAAAACCGUGGCCACCAUCUUGUCUUUCAUGCAGGCUCAAGAGUGCACCGUCUUCAUUACGGACAGAGAAACGGCCAACACAUUCUCCAGUGUGUUUCACAUGGAAUAUGAGGAGCUUGCAGGAUCCGAGGACUUCCCGAACAGGGAAUGUGACGUCAACAAGAUUAACUACAUGUACGCUCAGUAUGUCAAGAACAGUAUGGAGUCGCUGAACAUCACAGAUGUCACCAAAGACCAGCGAUUUCCAUGGACUAGUGAAAAUCUAGAGUCCUCGAACGGUCAAAUCAAAAGUCUUCUCUGCACACCAAUCAGGAAUGGGAAGAAAGAUAAAGUGAUAGGUGUUUGCCAGUUGGUGAAUAAGAUGGAUGACGCGUCAGGAGAAGUCAAAGCCUUUAACAGGAACGAUGAGCAGUUUCUCGAGGCCUUCGCGAUCUUCUGUGGACUGGGCAUCCAGAACACACAGAUGUACGAAGCCGUGGAGAGAGCCAUGGCCAAGCAAGAGGUCACACUCGAGGUUCUCUCGUAUCACGCGUCGGCCGAAGAGGAAGAGACGCGGGCGCUCCAGGUAUCUGCGGCCGCCACGAUCCCCUCGGCUCAGUCUCUCCGACUGAUGGACUUCAGCUUCAGUGACUUCGACCUGUCGGACGCCGACACCACUCAAGCCACCAUACGCAUGUUUGUGGACCUCAAGCUUGUGCAGAACUUUCAGAUGAAGUACAAGAGUCUGUGCCAGUGGAUCUUAAGCGUGAAGAAGAACUACAGGAAGAACGUGGUUUAUCACAACUGGAGACACGCGUUCAACACGUCGCAGUGCAUGUUCGCCGUGCUGAAGUCCGGCCGGGUCCAGAAUAAUCUGAGUGAUUUGGAGAUUUUAGCUUUAAUGAUUGCGACAUUGAGCCAUGAUUUGGAUCACAGAGGUGUCAACAACUCCUACAUCAAAAGAAGUGAGCAUCCGCUGGCCCAGCUCUACUGCCACUCCACCAUGGAGCAUCACCACUUCGACCAGUGUCUCAUGAUCCUCAACAGCCCUGGUAAUCAGAUUCUGAGUGCUCUCUCUCUGGACGAGUACAAGGCCACACUGAAGAUGAUUGAGAAAGCUAUUUUAGCCACAGAUCUCGCUCUCUACAUGAAAAAGAGAACCGAAUUCUUCGAGCUGGCGAAGAACAGUCAGUUCGUCUGGGAGGACGAGAGUCACCGAGAUCUGCUGAGGUCGAUGCUGAUGACAGCGUGUGAUAUCUCUGCUAUCACUAAACCCUGGCCAGUCCAGAAGAAGAUCGCAGAACUGGUUGCCACAGAGUUCUUUGAACAAGGCGAUAAGGAGCGGAGAGAGCUGAACAUUGAGCCUAUUGAUCUGAUGAACCGGGAGAAGCAGGAUCAAAUUCCCAGCAUGCAAGUGUCUUUCAUUGAUGCCAUUUGUACGCAGUUAUAUGAGGCGCUGACGGGUCUCUCGGAGAACUGCUCCCCCCUGCUGGAGGGAUGUAGGAAGAACAGGCAGAAUUGGAAGCUUCUCGCUGAACAAGGAGAAGAAGGAGCUCUGCUGAAAGAAGGACUUUAAACUCCCCGUCUCCCUCAGACUCUCCGCAUCAUUCCCUGGCCUUCCCCAGAGACUGAAGGACUGCAAGACUGGUGUGACGACAGCACGCUCGAGGAGGCUUGGGUGAAAGAUGUAUCAGAAUAAAGUCACUUCUUGAAUCGAGGUUGAUGUGCGAUAAAACACUUGAUGAUCCAGCGGAUGAAGAGACUUGCUUUAAAACAUCUUGACUCAUUGGAGGAAUGUUCCAGGUUCAAUACAAGUAUUUGUGAAAUGCUUUUACCACAGAAAAUCAUUUCAUCACAAAAAAUGUAGGCUGUAAAAAAAAAUUUGUAGUUUUUGUGAUGCCCAAAAGUGGGCGGAGCUGGCCGUCGCCAUCUUGUUAGCGCAUCACUCGUGGAUGACUGAAAACGAGGCGGAUUAGCUGAGGUAACGUGAUGCUAAUGUUAGCAGACAAGUGGCUAGUGACAUCGCGGCAAUCCACCUGUCACUCAAGUGGCCACGCCCUUAAUUAUGCAGAACUUUAAGGCUUAAUAUAAUUCAAACGGAAGAGUUAUAAAAAUAUUCACCCCCCUCACAGUCGUCAUGAAGGGCAACAUUAGCGAUAUAGACCAAAAACACUUUUUGCGCCAGACUGUAAACAUGUUUUAUUCUGCUGUAAAGUUGGUCAUUUUAACAUGCAGGUCUAUGGGAUCGAGUCUCUUCUGCAGCGCCUCUAGUGGCCAGUGGAGGAACUGCAGGUUAACUCUUUCGGUGUUGGAUUCAAGAGAGAGACCGGGAGGUUCUGCUUGGUAAAAACAAACAACAUUAAAUAGUACAGUACACUGAGUCCGAAAGUUUCAUAUUCGUCAUUCGGUGGCCCCCGAAUAUUCAAAACACAGAAAUACGUAGAAAACGGUCCGAAUUUUUUUUAUGACGGGCGAAAGUUUCGGAGGCAGUGUGUAAACAUGAUUGACAAAACGUGAGGUGGUAUUUAUUCUUUAAAUCAAAUCAAAUCAAAGUUUAUUUAUAAAGCACCUUAAAAAAAAAAACGAAAAUGUACACGAUUUAACGUGCGAAAAUUUCAGACUCUAAUGGGCAAGACAUUCCAAAGGCAGAAAAGUCGUAUUUUUCGAACCUGUGACCAAUCGUGUUAACGUGUUUUGUAGCGUUGAGCAAUGCAGCCAAUCACAGGCAUGUCUGCUGAUUUCUUGAACGCAAUGGCCAAUCAGAGCCGUUUGUGAACAUUGAGUCUAUCACGUGACAAAUGAACGAAAGAUUCGUAAGGUUUUGUAUUCCAUGUCAAUUAUCUCUGGCUGUUUUAUAAUGAUUUCUUAAUUCAGAACGUGAUCACGGUUGCGUCGGUGGAUGUGUUCGGGGAAUUUGGCUGUUAAAAGUAUAACAUUUAAAUGAACUAUGAACAAAUCUUUAAUCGAGUCAUUUCAUUCAUUUAAGUGGCUUUAAAUGACUCGAAUAAAGAUUCAUUCAUUUUGAGAGUCAGUAAUCUUUUCUUCCUCUUAUUAUAACAAAUAACGUGUAGAAACGGUGUAAAUAAGAGAUUCGUUGAUUAAAACGGACGAACUAAGACGUUUAUUUUUGCUCGCUUUCUAAGAAAUAAUCCAUUCAGAAGUUAAACGCAUGUACUCACGGAUUAGCUCUGGAAACUGCGAUGAAUGACGGCGAUAAUAACCAUUAAUCCGAGAUGUAGAGUUAAACGAGUGUAUGUUUUUUUAAAAUUUAAAUAAUUUCUCGUGGUAAUCGACAGCAUAUCCACUCGUAUUGAGUCCAGAAUGUUCCUCGUGUGUUUGUGAAGCUCUCACUGAAUUACUGAUAUACGCACAUCUAAGUUUGCUAUAUUGCACUGUUAGCGUAAGCUGAUAUUUAAACGAACACGUUGAAUACAGUCGUUUUUCACUGUUUAAACUCUUUCACGUCACUUUGUAAAAUACCUUUAUAUCAUGUUGUAGAUUUUUUGUUUUGUUCACUUGCAUUGCAUACUUGUGAUAUGUGAACUUAUUUAUCAUCUGUUACUCAAAUGUGUGUUAAUUUAAUUAAAUCACAGCAAGUACUUGUAUUGGGAUGGAAAUAAGAUGUCUGUAGAAAUGUAAAGUUCAAAAAGAAACCUGGUCUGGAUCUAGUCAUUUCAAUUCAAGUUAGCCUAUUAUUUUACAAUAUUUAAUGUGAUAUGUAGGCCUUAAUUAACUCUUUACCUCCCAGCAUUUGUUUUUUUUUAAAGUUGCCAACUUAAUUUAUGCAUAUUUUCACAAAACGUUUAUGGCCCCAGAAUGUUGUUGUAUGAAUAUGUAAACAUUAAAUGCAUCAAAAGAAA